ACGAAAUAUAAUGCAUAACGAUGCGUGAGAAAUGCAAGCUACCUAACCUAGCUUAGCGCUUGUAAAUGCAUGUACUUUAAUCGAGUUUAAAAUUAAAGCAUGAAAAACAAAUAAAGCAAGAAGCGCAUAUGAUUUACCACAUACGGGACAUCGCAUUGCUUUUAAAUCAACGCUGUCAUUUGUGUGCUGUUUUAAUAAGACCUGACAUCAGAUAUUACUGAGCUGUUUACAAUUUAGGCCUGCUGUGAAAUGGGUGUUCGUUUGGCGAAUAGAAAGUGCCAUUCAACAAACUGUUGUGCUACACAGUGUAAAUAAAGCCGGCUUGCGUUAUGUGUGGUUAAUUGUAAAAUAAAUUAAACGUUUUAAAAAGAAAACUUGGCACACCGAGACAAAGAUGUUUAACCAUCACCAGCAGCAUCUGCGGCAGCUCCAGCAUCUAUUCCAACAGCAACAACCGCCACCACCGCAUCACCACCAAGGAGGCCGGCCGAUGCAGCCACCGCGUCAGCCUCCACCCCCCCGCAUGAUGAACCUCUGCUCUGCCAGUCAGGCAGCCUUUCUCAGCACUAACCCCAUGCUUCAGGGUGCCCUGCUGAUGCAGCAGAUGCAAGGAAACCUGCGUGGUUUUGCUGUCAACGGUCAGCAGUACCAGCAGUUCCAGCAGUUCUUCCCAGCUGGGGCAGGACCCUCUCUUCUAGGACCAGCUCCCAUGGGAGUCUCCAUGAAGACCCCACGUAUGGGCUUUCCCAGUCACCACUACCACCCACACAACAGGAACUUCAGCAAGGAUUUUGCGAGAGCUCAUGACCGAAAGAGGGAGAUGGAUCUGAGGAUCCAGGCCAGAGCCAGUGAUGCAAGGCAGGAAGGGGGUGCCGAGGGAGAGCAGAGCGAGAGAGCUGCAAACCCAGAUGAAAGGGCUGCAGACCCAGAGAGCCAGGCUGAGCCUUCAAAGAAACACCAGGAAGAACCAGCAUUUAAAAAGCAAAGACUAGAGAGCUCUGAAGAGCAAAUGAGGAAGCAGUGUGUUUCUGAUGAGCAGCACGUGCAGAAUGCUGAAGAGAAAGCUUCCAGGGAAGAGGGAGAAAGGGAUUCAGGAGUGGCUGCAGAGUGCAUUCUUACAGAAGAUGGAGUAAGUGCAGCUGGAUCCGAGGCAAUGGAGUUUGCUGAGGUCCUAAGUGCUGGCGGCUCUCUCAAAGUGACGAUCCAGCAGACCAGCGAAAGCCGAGCCAUCAGCACAAGUGCACCAGAGAGUGCAGUCAGAAACAGUGACACUGAUGCAGAAGCAGCAUCCAAAUACUACUGUUACAUCUGCAACAUCACUUGCUACAACCAGCAGAAUUUCCAGAGCCACAUGAAUGGACUAGCCCACCAGCAGCGCAUGAUGGAGAUCCAGCACAUGAGCAACGCCUGCCUGGUCACCCUGCUGCCCAAAGUGAAGGAGUCACUGCAGGGACAGAGCCAGUCCAAGACAGAUGGAGAGAAUAGACACGCCCUGCAGCGCUGGUGCACCACUUGUCAGGUUUACUUCACAGGAGAUCUCAUUGAGCAUCGCAGAACUAAGGAGCACAAGCUUUCAAAGCACUCGUCCCGGCCCUUCUGUACGGUCUGCAAAUGCCACUUCAGGACACCACGCAAGUUUGUGGAGCACAUGAAGUCCCCAGAGCACAAGCACAAAGUUGAGGAGCUACGGAGCGAGGCCCGGGAGCACGGGGGUCCCGAGAACCCUGAGGAGCUGAUCACUGUGGAUGCCAUCGGCUGCUUCGAGGGAGAGGAGGACUACGAGGAGGAUCCCAGUGAGGAGGAGGAAGAGGAGGAGGAAUCUUCAAUGGAGACCCUCAGGGCCAAAAGCCGACAGAGGGAGGUGAUGUUAGAGGAGCUGACCGAGGAUGAACAGUAUGAUUCGGAGACACAGUACGGCUCCAGUUUCGUGGUCCCUGUGGCUGGAUUCCUCUGCAGGUUGUGCCACAAAUUCUACCAUUUUGAGUCCACGGCCAGGCUCUCUCACUGCAAAUCACUGAUGCAUUUCCAAAACCUGCAGAAGUACAGAGCAUUCAGGAGUCUUGAGGCAGCCGAAGCCCAGGAGUCUGGCACUAUAGUGGAAGAGCAUCCAGAUGACACACUACAGGUAGCUGGACAGGAACUGGGAGCUGAAACUGGAGUCAACCUAAUGGAAAUGGGCCCAGCAGACUUCAGUGGGACCAAUAGAGAGCAAGGCUAUGGUACUACUAAUUCAGACAGCAUGCCUUCCGAUAGAACAGGCUCUGAAAGCCCAAAUCCUGUCAAAAUUGUCUUUGACAGUCCAGACCCAGUCAAAAGUGGUACUGACAGCACAAACACUGUCAAAACUAUCUCUAAGAGACCAAGCCCUGGUACAGCCAGUCUGUAUGGGCUCUCUCAAACAAAAAACCGCCUUCUGUUGGAUGACUUGGAAGAGGAUGCUGCACUUAGGGAACAAGCCUUAGACUUGAGCAGCUCCUCUAAUGACUGUAUCAGUAAAGAAGCUGAAGUGCUUGAGGAGCAAAUGGACAGGAAUCCUGAACAGCGCAAGGGCAUUCCCCAGACUGAGGGGCCAGUGCAGGAGCAAGAUGAAGACAAUGUAGAGGGAGAGCAGGACAGACCCCAAGCUGAGGUGGAGGAGGAAGGGGAAACCGAGGAGCCAGGGAACAUGAGAAGCAAGGGAAGCAGUGCAGAGAAAGAGGGGGAGGUGGAGGGGAUCGAGAGGCCAGCUGGGUGGCAGCCCUGCGGAGCAGGAGCCAACGUUGGCAAGAGACGCUCAACACGGACUAGGAGAUCUCGAUAAAUUCUGUGAAAACGGGGAGGCAGGUGAAGGGGUCAUUUCUAGGUAUUUUAAAACCGAAUUAAUUUCCAGCUGGAAUGAUGGCUUUGCAUGCCAAAGCACUGGAGAGCAUCUUCCACUCGACCCACACGAGACUUCAAGGGUUUACUUUCUACAGUGUACCCGUUUAAGCAUCCUAUCAGUGUUGAAACACCAAAGUGGUGUUGUUUUUUAAUUUGUUUGAAAACAAAAAAACAUAACCUAAAAAUCUGAAAACACAUCUGGUUUAAACCAUUCACGUGGCACAGUUAAUUCAUAAUUUGACAUAAGGGAGGCCAGGAAUUGAGUCAGUUGAGACUGCUCCAUUCUUCCGAGGCAAUGUAGGGAAGCUACAGUAACCCUGCCCCUGCACGCUUGUACUGUAGAUAGCGUAAUUCAAGAUUAGUGCUAAUAGGGGUCUGUGAAACCAGUCUCCACUGCUGCCGAUCCUGCACCUUUCAUCAGCACCAAAAUUAACCCUUAGCGGUCCAUUUAUUCAGCGCGUCUCAGGCGUGUCAGGUCCAAUUUAUUUUCACACGCGUAGUUUAUUUUACAUGUGCUGUUUAAAAGUAUUUUUUUCACAGUAAAACAGGUUUAAAAGGCACCGCAUGUCAACAGGACACUCAGUACUGCAUCUCAAGCCCCGCCACAACCCUUGUUCGCUGUAUUUUUCACAUACCUCUUUAUAGUUGUGCAUACUGAUAAAUCAUCUCCUGAUCACUUGUUUUAUCACCAAACUCUUCAAUAAUGCGAUCCAAGUCAUUAUUUUAUUACUAUAACAUCUCAAAAAGCUCUGCAAAUGUCUAUCUUGUUUGCUUAUGGCAGUGUUAUCUCUGUGGUGCCGGGGCUAUGUAUUGCUCAGAUCCGGCCUUUUUUUUUUUUUUGUGGCUUCUAUCAGCCAUUGAAUGGUUUUCUCAGCUUUUUCCGGAGAAAAAAACGUCUAGAGACUGUGUUUUACAUCUUUUUUGAUGAUGUCGGCCCUGGUCCGACAUAGGACCGCAAAGGGUUAAUCUUGUUCCAUAUUCUUGCACUUCAUUUCAUAUUGCUGUUCCUAGAAGUGUGCUGAUUCUCAAGUGUACGAGCGGCAAUACUAAACGCAGUCUCGCUAGCAACACUUGAUGCUGGAACACACAUGCGCAUAUCUCAAGAUAAUGCAAAUUAAUGUUUUUACUGCCAGUGGUGCCUGUCUCCUCUCCAACCCCCCUCGAUCUCGCUCUCUAGACAGACAUCUAUUCUGUUUGCAUCCUGUUCCAAAGUACUCCUUUUGGCCUGAGAAAACACACUUUGAAAAUGAAAACUAUCAUGUGAGCGAAACUCACCUUCAGAAAUAAGCAGAUGGUUCUUUGUAAUUGUAAUUAAUAAAAGGGCCUUUAGACAAGUCUAAAAGAUAAUGUAAACUGCUCCUAUUUGUGUUAUUUGAAACCUCUCCCAUGUCUGUUCCUUACUCUUGUAGCAUGUACUUCAUUGCAAGGUAGCGUUUUACUCUUACCCUCUGAAAAUGUGCAGGGUGCUACCUUUACUGUCCAAGUGAAUACAGUACAUUGCAAUGAGGUCAUAUUUCACUGCGAGCCAGCUGAGGUGCUGCUCUGCUGUUGAAACAAGCACUGUAUUGUCAGGCACGAUGUGGUAAAACUGGACUGUAGAGAGGUCCACAGAAAAGCUAAGCCACUGCCCUAGUCAUGGCCAGGAGAGAGGACAGGGUGGGGGAUGUAGAAGAAUGAGAAUUUAGAAGUUGACAAAAAACUGUUCUUUUUUUUAGAAUGUAUUUUCUGGAAAUAACUGUAAACUUAUUUUGUGUGUGGUUUUUUUAGAACAGUUUGUAAAGUCUGGAUUUUUUAUUUUGCUGUAUUUAAAGAAUUUUAAUUUAUAAAAGUUUGAAUAUUCUCUUU